GGUUAAUUUUAAUGGUUGUAUACACGAAUAUAUAUGUACUUAUAAACGAGCAAAAUGAUACAAGUACGAUAUUAGCAGUAUCAAGAUAGUGAUGUGUAUGAUUAAAAUACGUCAGCUAAUGAUCUCUCAUUUGAAUAAUUAUUCUAAUGGAUUAUAUUUUAUGUGAAUACAUAUUUAAAGAAUUAGAAGCCGAUAGUGGAAUUGAUUAGAAUUAUAAUAAUUAAAAUAAUUCAUAUAUUGCUUUACAUAACCAAUAAAGAGUUUACUUAUAUCGCUGUGUAAUUAUAUCAAUAAUAGGAGUGACUCGAAAAAGAAUUUCUUCUGAUUUCUUUGCAUUUCCAUCUUUGUGAUAUAAAUUAAUCGUGACAAUGUAAUAAUGGCUGAUUUAUUUGACAUAGCGAAUAUAAUUACAAGCGUAGGCGUUGGUGCCGUCAAAAUUAAAUCGGAACCGGGCUUGCCGGAAAAAUCAUCGAAUGAAAUUUUGACAGAACUUUUCAGUACCUUCGAUGCAGACGAGGGAAUAGUAUCACCAGAGAAUAGUGAUCAACAAGUUCCAGAUGCAAUUGUUAAAGCGGAGAAAAAGGAAAAAGCACAAAUGGAGAAAAGAAAAAAAAAGGGGAAGAAGAAGCAUAAACAUAAGGAAAAAAAGCAUAAAAAAAGAUCUAAACACAGUUCUUCGGACAGUAACAAUAGUGAUGUAGAAAGUACUGUUAGUAAGAAAAGGAAGAAACAUAGGAAAAAGUCUAAGCGCAAGCAUGAAUCACAUUCAAGCAAAUCAUCAGAAUCUGAUGAACCUAAACCCAAAAUUGCAAAGGUUGAUACUAAUAUUUCCCUUACCGAAGAAGAAAAUAUUAGAGUUGAUGUCUCAGAUAAAGAGCAUAUUAAUGAUGUACAAUUGAGAGAAGUAGGAUUGAUAAAGGAAGAGACCGUAUCUACAAACGCAUCUACAAUCCAUGGUAAAGAAGAUAGAGAUUUUGAAAGUCCUAAAUUACCACCUAUUCCAAAAAAAAUAGAUGACGAAUUUGAAGAAUCGGUAUUACCAAAAAUUCUUGAUAAACCAAAACAGUCUGUGCAAGGAAAAAUCAUUAUAAAGGAUCUUAAAAAUAGUAUUGUUUAUAAUGAAACUGUAAAGGAAAUAGAGAAUAAGGAAAAGGCAAAAGCUGCGCGUAUGGAGGAUGGUGAAUUAACAGACAGCAGUAAUAAUAAUAGAACACCGACAUUAAGUCCUACACCACCACCGUGUAAUUCAUUUAGAUCUCCCACAUUGAGUCCUGAUGAUACGCUUAAAUCUGAAUUGUCAGGUCCCUUGAAAUCUAGGAAUGAUCUUAGAUUAAUUUUAAGGGAAAAAGAAAAGAAAAGACUGGAAGUAACAGGGAAGUCAAGAAAUUACAGUGAUAAGGAUCGCAAGGAUAUGAAAAUAUAUAAUAAAGUUAAAAACAAAAAUAGCAAACGUAGUCGAAGUUGCCAUUCACAAGAGAGAAAUAGAUCAGAUUCUCAAACACGUUCCCAUCGUAGUAGGAGUAGAGAUAGAGAUAAACAUUCUGAUAGAAAUAAGGAAAGACGUGAUAGAGAUAGAAGCUUUGAACGACGAGAUUUGGGAAGAAGUAGGGAAAGGAAGAGGCACAAAAGUCGUAGUAGAGACAGGAGUAGGGAGAAGUAUAUACGGGGACGAAGUAGGAGUAAAGAAAGAAAAGAGCGUAUCGAAAUUGACAAAAAAAAGCUUCUGGAUGAACUUACAGAUUUUUGUAAAUCAUUGUCAAAAUCUGAAGCAUUAGGAGAAUUAUCUAAUCUCUCUUCUGAAGAAGAUGGAAGCGAGUCUGAAAAAGGUUUUCAUCAUCCAUUUCUUCUCAAAGAAAGGCCAAGUCCUAUCGUUAUGAAUAUCCGAAAUGCAAAGCAAUUGCCAACAAAAACAUUUCAAGAAAAGACAGCCGAAUCUUCGAAUCAACUGCGUCUACAAUUUCCUGUAUCUAGUGGUCAGCAUCAUAGAAAAACUGAAAGCGAAUGGAUCCCCGUGACACCAAAAAAACCAGAACAAAAGAAACCAUUUGUACCAGCAUCUGUAUCAACUGAACCAAUAGUGCCUAAGCCAUGUUCCGUACAAUCAAUACAAUCUAUACAGCCAGUAGUUUUUCCACGAACAUCUAUGGCAGGAUCAGUUGACAUUGGAUCCAUAGUGUCACAGAGAUUAGCUGCAAUGAGAAAGCUGAGAGAAAAUCCGAACGAUGUUGGUGCUUUAAAUGAAAUGUAUAGAGCACAAAAUGAGAUGAGGACCUGGGCAGAAAGUAAACAAAUGCCAGGCCAGUUUACUGGUAGUACAGGUGCCAAAGUGCUCUCACCUGCUGAGCUUACCUCAGGUUAUCAAGCAUGGGCUCAUAAGGCACAUAGCUACCUCACAGAAGACAUAACGUCAGCAGCCUGAUGUCCGAUUUUUAAUUUUAUUGGUAAGUAUGCUUGCCCAAAAAAAGUUAUAAAAUUUAGGAUUAAAUAAUAAGUAAAUAUUAUUUAAUAAAAAAUAUUGAUGUGAAUAUUUACAUGUAUAUACACGUAUUCUAAUUAUUUUUAAUUAUAUUGAGCUACAGACAUAUAAAGGUUUGGUCAUGGUUGGGUAUAACACACACAAUUGAUUUUUGUAUUGAUUUUACAUUCAUUUUGAGAAUAACGAAUUAUUAUAAAAAUCAUAUUACUCUGUGAACUUAAAAAGAUAUAUAUUAAUGUAUAUUCAAAAUUGAUUUACUUAUCUUCUUAUUAAUUAUGAUAAUACUUAAGUGUUUCACAAAAGAAAUUAUUUAGGAUCAAUUAGUGUCUGCACAACCUGUAUCUGGUGGUAUGGGAAUGGCUUUAUUACAAAAGAUGGGAUGGCGACCAGGUGAGGGUUUGGGUAAAAAUAAGGAAGGUACAUUGGAACCAUUACAGCUAGAAGUGAAAUUAGA